AUGGGCAAAGUCGAGAAAACACGAUUGCAAGACACCAAUAAUGGCCUCGUCUUCUACGGUCGGUACGUGGACGAUAUCUUCUGCCUGGCGGAUGGUACCACCGAUACCGAGGAGCUUGUCCAAAAGUUCAACAGUGCGCACCCCUCGCUAGAAUUCACUGCAGAGACCGAGGCAGAUAACGAACUUGCCUUUCUCGAUGUCCUUCUGCACAGGCAAGAGGAUGGGUCUGUCCAGCACAGGGUGUUCCGAAAGAAAACCUGGACGGGACAAUACGUUAGUUUCCACAGUUUUGUUCCCCUAAGCAUCAAACGGAAUUUAGUCCAGGGAUUGGCGGCUAGAGUGAGACGCAUCUGCCACAUUGAAGCUAUUGAAAAAGAACUCCAACAGCUGUGGAGCACACUUCGGGAGAACGGAUACCCAGAUAGAUUUAUCCGUCUAGUGACAACAAGAGUUGUUGAUCAGGCAAUGCUUAUUGAGGAUUAUUUGGCGCGCAUUAAAUAG